UGUUUCGCACAGUAUUUGACAUUCAAUUUGAAACACAAUUUUUAUCGCAAUUUAUUUGCAUUUGUUUUUUGUUGUGAUUUUCACUAUUGAGUCGACAGUAAAACAUAUUGUCUUUGAAAACAACACUAAAUAGACAUUCAAUUCAAAUGAUUACAGCAUUUGUUGUUUCAAUUGUUAAUUGCAUUUAAUUUGUGUGAAUUGAUUGUCACAACCCAUGGAUUCAAACGCCAAUCACAACAACAAUCAUAAUAGCGAUGAAAAGGGCGACCAAACAGACGGCCAGACCAUCGAUGGCCACACUUUGGCUCAUUUGAACCACAAUCCAGACAACGAGACCAUUGCUGUCGGACGUAAACAAUCAAAAGGUGCCGCACCGGCGAUGAACGGCUCGACAACAACCACCGCCACAACAGUGGCCGCCGACGAUCACCCGUUGAGCGCGCUAUCAGUGCCACAGCAGACACAGGCCGUCGAGUCAUCGGACACUGUGUCCACGUCUUCGUCGAUCGCCUCAUCCAACGACAGCCCUCCACAGCCGCCCACAACGCCUCCCACGACGUCUGCGCCGGUCGUCCAGAGGUCGGUAUCUGUGGCGCCGCCACCACUGCAACAACGGGUGACAUACUUGGGAUGUGUGGCCAUAAACGCGCCCCGAAGUGAAGCCGAGAUUCAGCGCAAUAUGGCUAUACUUAACGACAGCCCCUCCGCGAUGGACAUCACUCUCAUUGUGCCAAAGAGUCCCGAUGAGUGCGUCCAGAUGUAUGAGUUGGUGCCGGACUCGACGCCCAUCAUUAUCACCGCCGGCACUGGCGACGAGUCGAACGCCGGCGACGCCACCAAUGGUGACACCUCUGGGCCCAAACUGAUGGGUCAGUUCCCGAUCGCGCGCAUCAUAUUCUGCGCCAGAGGUAAACAAGAGUCCAACGAACGGAUGUGUUUUGCGUUCACCGCAUCGCACGGCUCCACCUUCGAGACCGGUGUCAUCAAGUGUCACGUCUUCAGGUGUCUCAACGCGCGCACCGUCGCUGAGAUACUCGAGGCAUUCGGUCUGGCGUUUAGACGUGUGCCGACAAACACGACCACUAAUCAAGACAUAAACAUAAUCGUGGAGUCGGGCCUCGAGAUCAAAGAGGACACCGCCGACGGCAAGUCUAACCCCUGUCCCAGAGAUAAGGAGUGCUUCAAGUUUAAGGCCAACGCCGAGAAGAAGAUAUGUAUCGCCAUUUUCCAGGACUCGACCCAAUCCCGGGUCACUCUCAACAUCGAGAAGUGCUUCGGAAUGCUAUUAUCGCCAGGCCGUAAUAUAAAGUCCUCGGAUAUGAUACCCAUCGGACUCUUAUCGAUGACCAAACACACGGUACCGACGGAUAACAAUCGCAAAGUUGUCACCCAAUGGCAGAUCAUCGGCGCCUGGAAUCCGACCGAACCGUUGUUUGAAGUGUUAAACUCGGAGACACCGCGAGACACACGGGUGUACUUCACGAUAGCCGUGGAUCUGGUCGUACAGGGUAUUCAAGAGCCGAUACGGUUCGUGUUCGAGGCCAAAGCCAAGAUCGUGACCACGUCGGCGGCCGACCGAUUCUGGAUCAAUAUACCGACCCUAUCGAAGGGCAAACCAUUUCACGAACAGUUUCACGUGCAGCUCCGGGAACGGGUCAACUCCGAGCCCAACUCCCGGUUUGAUGUGGUGUCGUGUUUCUCGGCCACUCAGCUCUCGCAUCAGCGCCACAAACUGGCCCUUCGGCUCCGCCACGACGGCAGUCAACAGCCAUCGUUGGGCGACCGCCGCGACUCUCACCGCAGUUCAGUCACGUCUCUGCCGACGCCG